CGUUUCCAUGGAGACGUGCACACUCAACACAAGUUUUGACUCCAUGGAAGACGACUGAGAACUAAAAAGUGGACUGUGUUUUAAUUGAUGUUCCAGUAUGUCACAGAGCUUCAGUGUAUCUUGUGUGUCAGUCUUUGUGCUUCAUCAGAAACGAAGAAAUCUUAAAGGUGUAAGAGUUGAAAGACAUGGAUGAAGAAUACUUGAGGACCAUUCGCCUGCUAUUUAUUCGGUGUGUGGCGAUUUCUGGUGUAACAGAGGAGUUUUGGACAAAGGAGAAUGAAAGGGCUUUGGAUCAAUUUAUUUUGGAUUCUUCCAUCACAACUGUUGUGGUCUAUAAGGACACCCAUGCCACGCUGCGGGUGGAGUACUCUGUACCAUUACCGGGACAGACGGUGGAGCAGCUGUCCUAUUUUAACCGCAUGCCAGGAGCCAUAAUAACAGCAGAGAUGUUUGACACGACCGUACAGUUUGGCACAAUGCGAUGUGACCCCACCCAGAGACUGCUUCAAGACAUGACCUGUUUACAUGCUCCCCCGGUCGCCCUCAGCUCUUACAGAGAAAAGAGCAUCAAGCACAACUACACCAACAACAUGCACAGCUACCUCGCCAGCCUCACAGAUGAUGUGUAUAGGAAGGUUGGAACUACAGUGCUUUACAUCCCACUGGAAGGCCUCCAGUGCAACCCUGAGGAGGCCAGCAUGGACAAGGAGCUGGUACAAAGAAUGGAGUCUGUCGUCAUCUUCUGGACAGACCAGAUAAAGGAAGUACUGCAUGGGCAAGAAAUAAUGAAGGUGUGGGACAGCUGUGGUCCACUGCAGGAGAUAGCCUUCUGGAAGAGUCGCUGUGUCAAGCUGUCGGACAUAAUGCAGCAGCUUCAGAAACCUGGGGUCAAACACAUCAGAAACAUCCUGCAGCUCUCCAAGUCUCUGUAUGUGACACGCUUCUGCAAACUGUCCAUGGAAAUACAGGAUUGCUCCUUGCAGGCCCAGUCAAACCUGUCCUUCCUGUCCAUAUUGAAGGAGCCUUGUGAAGAGCUGACAAAGCUGAAGCCCAGCGAAGUUGCUCCAAAACUGCAACACAUCAUCAGUCUCAUUCGCAUCAUCUGGGUCAACUCCAGCCACUACAACACGAGUGAGAAGAUCACUGGUCUGUUUAGCAAGAUGAGUAAUGAGAUCAUACGUCUGUGCUGCCAAAGCAUCUCUGUGGACAGAAUCUUUGAGGGAUAUGUGUUAUCCAGCAAACAAAACCUCAGUAGCUGCAUCCAGUGCUGCCAGUCCUGGAAGGAAAUAUACCUGCACACCUCACAGACCCAUCACAAGUUUUCUUCAAAAGGCUGGGACCUGGAUCACGCCAGCUUUUUUGCGAUGAUUGAUGCUUUCAUUCAGAGGUUUAAAGAACUGCUUGAGGUAUGUGACAGCCAACAUCAGUUUGCCCGCUGGGAGGAUGGUCAGCAGAGACCCUUGCCGUGCUUCAGUGGUUGCCAGGAACCUGAAUUCACCAGGUCCCUCCUGGACAUAGAGAGCAAUUUCAGCUGUGGCCUACAGAACCUGCGCUCUGUUGACAAUGGCAUCCUCGAUGUCCAGAACCCUGCGUGGUGUAGUGAGUUUAUCAGGUUUAAUGCACUGAUAAAGGAACUGGAAAUGAGGAUGCAGAACCUGAUCAAUUCAGUCUUUAAGACGGUCAAAACUGUGGAGGAAGGAGUUCGGCUUUUGGACAUUUUUAGGCCUAUGUCUACGCAGGAGUCUUCUCAAUCACGGGUCUUUAAGAGCACCACUGAUGAGAAGGUAGAAGAAGUUUACAACAUCUUUAACACCGAACUGAAAUUGGUCAACAACGAGCUGAACCAGAGGACGAGGUGUUCUCUAGACCAUAUGCCCCAGUUAGCAGGACAUGCCCACUGGGUGAUGGCACUCCGACAUCGCAUUGAAAGACCCAUGGAGGUGCUUCAGAAAGCCCACUUCCUGCCUGAGUCAUACAUCCGCAAGCAGGUUCUUCUCAGUUACAGCCAGGUGGUCCAGGUUUUGGAUGAGAGGCUGAGGAAGAACUUCAGUGAGUGGAACCACAAACUGGAUGGCCAUUACCUCAAGAGACUGGAGCAGCCAAUCAUGGUGCGCUGCAGGGACAAUCCUGCCAAACUGGACAUUAACUUUGACAAUAACAUGUUGAACCUGUUCUCUGAGAUCCAGUACUGGGAUCGACUCAAGUUUGAGGUCCCACAGUGUGUGGCUGACAUUUACCAAGACAGGGAAGAAUUCAGAGCUCUGCGGGAGAAAUCACUGCUGCUGGUCCGGAGCUACAACAGAAUCAUCGAAAUGCUGUCUCCUGAUGAGCUGGGUCUGUUUCGGGAGAAAAUACGUUUGUUGGAUAAGAAGAUUCAGCCUGGACUGACCAAGCUCCUGUGGUUGUCAAAGGGACCGUCAAACCUCUUUGUCCGUGACUGUCUCCUGCUUGUUGACAAGGUCCAGCUAAUAGUUGAUGGUUUCAAAGUAUCCAAUCUAUCCAUCUCCAGCCUCUGUCGCCAGAUCAGUGAAACUUUGCUGUUUAGACUGGAUGGAAAGACUGUGUACAGGAACCUGGAGUUUGAGGAUCAUCUGAAGGUUCAGCAGCAGAGCCAAAUCCAAAAAAUGCUCUCAGCACACCAGAGUAUUGUAGAUAUCAUGACCCGCAUCUCCAUCACUUUCUCUAAUGAUGGACAUGUGGUCCAGGAGCACUGGUUUGCUUAUACAGAGAAAGUGGACCAAAUGGUAGAGGAGGCUCUGAAAAACAACAUCAAACAAUCCAUGAAGAUGCUGGCCAGAGCCAUCAGCGGAGACAACAAGACGUCACCCAAUCCCUUGUUCAGAGUCCUGAUAGCGCUGCGCCAGGCUCCUCCCCAAUCUCAGCCAAAGGUUGAGUUCUCCCCGACUCUUGGAACACUCACUCAGAUGGUGAACAUUAUGCCUCAGCUCAUCAGCACCGUCGCAGAAUUUAAACGACUGCCUGAACUUCUCAACUGCAGGCACUCACAGAAGAAUCCCAUACACAUUAAUAUAGAGCAGGACGAGGAGAUAAAGAAGAUUCAAGCUGCAAUUGCCACAGGUAUGACAGCAAAUGCCAGUCACCUGCAGGCCUAUCUGAAGACUUGGGACAAAUACAGGGAAAUCUGGGAGAUCAACAAGGACUCCUUUAUCAAACGCUAUCAGAGACUGAACCCACCAGUCACCUCUUUUGAUACUGAUAUACACAGGUACACAGAAAAAGCCAACAGUGUUCAACAGGAAGAGACAGUCUCGAACAUUGGGUUUGUCACUCUGGACUGUUCACCACUCAAGUCAGCCUUGGUUCAGCAUUGCAAUGAAUGGGAAACUAAGUUCACACAGCUGCUUAGCCACAUUGCUAGCACCCGCCUUAAAGAACUUCACACCUCCAUGCAAACUAAUGCCAACAGGUUGAAUCAACCUCCCCAGACUCUGGCUGAACUCAGUGAGAGCCUAAGGCUAUCGGAGACGCUGCAGGGGGAUCGGGCCAAGAGAGAAGCUCAGAUUCGUCUCGUUCAUGAACAGCUUGCUAUCCUUGACAAAUAUGAAGUCCCAGUUGAACAGGCUGUGCAGGAUUUGCGUGAGGCCAUUAACGGGGAGUGGGUGUGGUUUCAGCAGGUCUUGAUUGAUAGUGACAUCGUCCUUCAGAAGCACAAAGAGAAGUUUAGGAAUGGCCUCAUCAUCUCCUCAGAGGAGUUCAAGAAGAAGAUCCAGACCAUGCAGGAGGAGUUCAGCAGCACAGGUCCAUUUGACGGUGCGCUGAGCACCGAGUUGGCAUUGAGGGAAAUAGCAGUGCAUCACAGCCACCUGGAGGCUUUAAAACAGGAAGAGGGCACCACCAUUCAUGGGCUGGGAUUUUUCAAAAUAGAACAGCCACCUUCUAAAAUCAUUCGGGCACUGGAGAAGGACAUAGACCACCUGCAGCAGGUCUGGGAGAUGACACAGGAGUGGAAUUCCUGUUGGAACAGGUGGAAGGUCGGUCAGUUUGCUACACUGCAGACAGAGAACAUGGAGAGCACUGCACAGGACAUGUUCAAAAAACUCCACAAACUCAAGAGAGAACUAAAGGAUAAGGAGUGGGACAUCAUAGAUUUCUCCAAGGACAAGAUUGACCAGUUUAAGCAGAUCAUCCCUCUCAUUGCUGACAUGAGGAACCCAGCCAUGAGAGACAGACACUGGGAGCAGAUCUGUGAAGAGCUGAAGUGCUCUUUUGACCCGAACAGUGCUGACUUCACCCUGGAAAAGAUUAUAUCCCUGGGCUUCGACAAGUAUGCUGAAAAAAUCUCUGAGAUCACUGGAGCUGCCAGCAGAGAACUCUCCAUUGAACAGGGUUUGGAGAGCAUUACCAAGACUUGGAAGGAAACAGCAUUGGACAUAGAGCCUUACAAAGAUAAAGGCCACUACCGACUGAGGGGCACAGAUGAGGUUUUCCAAGCCCUGGAGGACAACCAGGUUAUUCUUUCCACCAUGAAGGCUUCUCGCUUUGUCAAAGCCUUUGAGCAGGAGGUGGACUGUUGGGAACGCCGGCUGUCCCAGGUGCUGGAGGUCACUGAGAUGAUCCUCACGGUGCAACGACAGUGGAUUUAUCUGGAGAACAUUUUCCAGGGGAAGGACAUCAGGGAGCAGCUUCCUCGGGAGUGCACAGAGUUUGAAGAUGUCAGUUCUAACUGGAAAAUCAUCAUGUGCCGACUUCAUAAGGAUAACAAUGCCUUACAGGGAACGCACCACCCCGGAUUACCAGAGAAGCUGUCAGAGAUGAGUACCAAGCUGGAGGAGAUCCAGAAGGCCUUGGACAUGUACCUGGAGACCAAGAGGCAGAUAUUCCCAAGAUUCUACUUCCUGUCCAAUGAUGAUGUGCUGGAGAUCCUGGGGCAGUCACAGAACCCCAAUGCCAUGCAGCCACACAUGAAGAAGUGUUUUGACAACAUCAAGAGCCUCCGUAUUGAAAAGGUGGGGUUUAGAUCCAGUGCCCUCGGGAUGUUCUCUGCAGAUGGAGAGUAUGUCGAGUUUAUCCAGCCAGUGCCACUGGACAAUCCUGUGGAGGUUUGGCUGUGUGAUGUUGAGAAGAGCAUGCGUGUCACACUGAAGGAUUGUCUGAACAACUGCCUUGUAGCUUUGAAGAGGAUGCUUGAUCAGAGAGACAAGUGGGUCAAAGACUGGUCUGGACAGAUGCUGAUCACUGCCGGUCAGAUCCAGUGGACAAAUGAUGUCACAAAGUCUCUCAUUACCAGCAAGGAGAGAGCUGACAAGUCCUCCCUAAAAUCCCUGAAAAAGAAGCAGGUCACCAUGCUUCAGGGCUAUUCAGAAAUCAUCCGUGGCAACCUGUCCAAAGUUCUCCGCCUCAAGAUUGUAGCACUGGUCACAGUGGAGGUUCAUGCACGAGACGUCAUUGACAAGCUGGCCAAGACAGGCUGCAAUGAUGUCAAUGCCUUUGAUUGGCUGAGUCAGCUGCGACUUUACUGGGAGAAGGAGGUGGACGAUUGCAUAAUACGACAGACCAACACUCAUUUUAAGUAUGGCUACGAGUACCUUGGCAACUCUGGACGUCUUGUCAUUACUCCCCUCACUGACAGGUGUUUCAUGACUCUGACCACAGCGCUUCAUCUCCACCGGGGAGGCUCCCCUAAAGGCCCAGCAGGUACUGGAAAGACAGAGACAGUAAAGGACUUAGGCAAAGCCCUCGGCAUGUAUGUCAUUGUCGUCAACUGCUCUGAGGGACUGGACUACAAAUCCAUGGGACGCAUGUACUCGGGCCUGGCACAGACAGGAGCGUGGGGCUGCUUUGAUGAGUUUAACCGUAUAAACAUUGAGGUGUUGUCGGUGGUGGCCCAGCAGAUCCUCUCCAUCCUCUCCGCCCUCUCAGCCAGCCAGUCCAAGUUCCAUUUUGAUGGACAGCACAUUAAUCUGGUCUGGUCUUGCGGCAUCUUUAUCACCAUGAAUCCUGGUUACGCUGGUCGUACUGAGCUUCCAGACAACCUCAAGUCCAUGUUCAGACCGAUCUCCAUGGUGGUGCCAGACUCUACUUUAAUUGCUGAAAUCAUACUUUUUGGAGAGGGCUUCAACAACUGCAAGCUCCUGGCCAAGAAGGUGUUCACCUUGUACUCCCUUGCCAUGCAGCAGUUGUCUAAACAGGACCACUAUGAUUUUGGCCUGCGCGCCCUCACUUCCCUGCUUCGUUAUGCUGGAAGGAAGCGCCGGGCUUGCCCCAAUGUUCCGGAUGAAGAAGUCCUGUUGAUGGCUAUGAAGGACAUGAACAUUGCCAAGUUGACCUCGUCUGACCUGCCGCUGUUUAAUGGGAUCAUCCAGGACUUGUUCCCCUCUGUGGAAGCGCCCGAUACAGAUUAUGGCACGUUGAAGGAGGCCAUAGAGGCGGAGCUUCGUCUUAGCGGUUUGCAGGUGACUCCUUUCACCGUGACCAAAGUCAUUCAACUUUAUGAGACCAAGAACUCCCGACACUCCUCCAUGCUGGUGGGCAAGACAGGCAGCGCCAAGACUGUCACGUGGAGGACGUUGCAGAGUGCCCUCACUGCUCUGCACCACAAGGGAGUGCCUGGCUUCCAGCCAGUCCAGGAUUAUCCUCUGAACCCAAAGGCAAUGAGUCUGGGAGAACUGUACGGAGAAAAUGACCUCUCCACCAACGAGUGGUCUGAUGGAGUGCUGUCGCUACUCAUGAGAUCAGCCUGUGCAGAUGAGAAACCAGAUGAGAAGUGGAUUGUGUUUGAUGGGCCAGUUGACACAUUGUGGAUAGAGAGUAUGAACUCCGUUAUGGAUGACAACAAGGUGCUCACACUCAUCAAUGGCGAGAGAAUCGCAAUGCCUGAACAGGUGUCUCUGCUGUUUGAGGUGGAAAACCUGGCAAUGGCCUCUCCUGCAACAGUAUCUCGCUGUGGGAUGGUCUACAAUGAUUACUCUGACCUGGGCUGGAAGCCUUUUGUUCAGUCCUGGCUGGACAAACGGCACAAGGCAGAGGUUGACCAUUUAAAGCAUUUGUUUGAGAAAUAUAUGGCGAGCACACUUAACUUUAAGAAGAAUAACUGUAAGGAGCCGAUCCCCGUCACUGAGCUGAAUGGAGUCACCUCUCUCUGCCGCCUCUAUGAUUCCCUGGCCACAUCCAGCAAUGGGGUGAACAUUUCGGACACAGAAGACAUGGGUAGAAUGGUGGAGCUCUGGUUCAUAUUCAGCCUCAUCUGGUCCGUCUGUGCUUCUGUUGACGAAGAUGGACGCAAGAAGAUGGACAAAUUCCUGCGAGAGAUGGAUGGCACCUUCCCUAUCAAGGACACUGUUUAUGAGUAUUCUGUGGACACAAAAAACAAGACCUGGGCUUCCUUUGAAGAUAAGCUGCCAAAAGAUUGGCGUUACAAUUCCAGCGCUCCAUUCUAUAAGAUAAUGGUUCCUACAGUGGACACAGUGCGCUACAAUUUCCUAGUCAAGGCUCUGGUUUUGGGUCAGUACCCAGUGCUACUCACUGGACCAGUGGGUACUGGUAAAACCUCAGUGGCUCAGAGUGUCUUGCACGGUUUGGAUAACAAGUGGAUUGCCCUCACUGUCAACAUGUCCUCACAGACCAGCUCUAACAACAUCCAGGCCAUCGUGGAGAGUCGAAUCGAGAAGAGGACCAAAGGUGUGUUUGUGCCAGCAGGUGGGAAGCGUCUGCUUUGUUUCCUAGAUGACCUCAACAUGCCAGCACAUGACCUGUUUGGCUCGCAGCCACCGCUGGAGCUACUGCGCCUUUGGAUUGACUGUGGCUUCUGGUAUGACCACCAGAAACAGACACGAAAGUUUGUCAAGGACAUGGUCCUGUUGGCUUCCAUGGGGCCCCCUGGCGGAGGGAGGACACAUAUCUCUGAUCGCUUACAAAGCAAAUUCAACCUCAUUAAUAUGACAUUUCCAAAUGAGUUCCAGAUCAGGAGGAUCUACAGCACCAUGAUCAACCAAAAAUUGCAGGGUUUUAAAGAGGAGGUGAAGCCCAUCGGAAACAUUCUGACUCAGGCAACUUUAGAACUGUAUUAUGCGGUUACAGCUCAAUUCCUUCCCACACCUGCUAAGAUACACUACCUCUUCAACCUCAGAGAUAUCUCCAGGGUGUUUCAGGGUCUGCUAAGAGCUCAUCCAGAUUUCCAUGACACCAAAACCAACAUCACAAGACUUUGGGUCCAUGAGUGCUUCAGGGUUUUUUCAGACCGGCUGGUAGAUCACAGUGACAUGGAGGCCUUUGUAGCUUUGAUGGGGGAGAAAUUGGGCACACUCUUUGACCUCACCUUCCACAGCAUGUGUCCCAACAAGCAACCACCCAUAUUUGGUGACUUCAUGAGUGAAUCCCAUGUGUAUGAAGACCUACUGGAUUUGAAUGAUCUUAAGAAGUUUAUGGAAACCAAGCUGGAGGACUACAAUCUGACACCCGGUGAAGUGCCCAUGAGUCUGGUCCUCUUUCGAGAUGCCAUCGAACACAUCACCCGUAUAGUGCGUGUGAUCAGUCAGCUCAGGGGCAACAUGCUGCUGGUGGGUGUUGGGGGCUCUGGUAGACAGAGCCUGUCCAAGAUGGCCGCCUACAUCUGUGAGUACCAGGUAUUCCAGGUGGAAGUCACCAAGCAGUACCGCAAACAGGAAUUUAGAGAAGACAUCAAAAAGCUGUACCGUUUGACUGGCGUGGACAACAAGCCUACUGUCUUCCUGUUCAGUGACACCCAGCUCGUAGAUGAAUCAUUCUUAGAGGACAUCAAUAACAUCCUGAGCUCUGGAGAAGUGCCCAGCCUCUACAAACAGGACGAGUUUGUUGAGGUGUGCAACGCUCUGUCAGAAUCUGCCAGAAAAGACAAGGUGGUGGAAACUCCUGACUCAAUGUUCAGCUACCUGAUAGAGAGAGUCAGGAACAACCUGCACAUCGUACUCUGUAUGAGCCCAGUGGGAGAGCCCUUCAGGAACCGCAUUCUCCAGUACCCUGCAAUCGUCAACUGUACCACCAUAGACUGGUUCUGUGAGUGGCCCAAAGAUGCUCUGCUGGAGGUGGCUCAGAGGUACCUGGACGGGCUGGAGCUGGGAACAAUUGAGGGGAUCCAGACAAAGGUUGCCAGUGUCUUUGUCACGACACACCAGUCGGUGGCACGGCUUUCCAGUAGGAUGAAGUUGGAGCUGAGAAGACAUAAUUACGUGACACCCACCAACUACCUAGAGCUGGUGUCUGGAUACAAGAAGCUGUUGGCAGAGAAACGCAGUGAGUUGGGCGAGCAGGUGAGCAAGCUGCGCAACGGACUCUUUAAGAUCAGUGACACGCGCGAAAAAGUGGAGGCCAUGUCUCUGGAGCUGGAGGAGGCCAAGAAACAGGUGGCAGAGUUCCAGAAACAGUGUGAUGAGUACCUGUCUGUCAUUGUGCAGCAGAAGAAUGAGGCUGACAAGCAGCAGAAGGCGGUGGGUGCCAGCAGUGACAAAAUUGCAGCUGAGGAGGUACAGUGUAAAGCCAUGGCUGAAAAUGCACAAAGGGACCUGGAUGAGGCUCUGCCUGCCCUGGAGGAGGCUAUGAAGGCCUUGGAGUCUCUGAAUAAGGCGGACAUGACAGAGAUCAAGUCAUAUGGCCGUCCCCCAGCAUUGGUGGAGACAGUGAUGCAGGCAGUCAUGACCCUGUUGGGCAAGGAGCCCACCUGGGCAGAGGCCAAGAGACAGCUGGGUGAGCCAAACUUCAUCAAAACAUUAGUAAACUUUGACAAGGACAAUAUAUCUGAUCGUGUGUUGAAGAAGAUUGGUCAAUACUGCAGACAGGAUGACUUCAAGCCUGAGAUUAUUGGCAAAGUGUCUCUGGCUGCCAAGUCCCUCUGCAUGUGGGUGAGAGCCAUGGAGGUUUAUGGCCGUGUCUACAGGGUGGUGGAGCCGAAGCGGGCACAGCUAAACUCUGCCAUGUCCCAGCUGGCAGAGAAACAGGCUGCACUGGCGGAAGCCCAGAACAAACUGCGAGAGGUGGCAGAGAAACUCGAUGAAUUGAAGAAGCAGCAUUCUGAGAAACUGACCACAAAGGAGACUUUAAGGAAGAAAUCAGAUGAGAUGGAGGUGAAACUUGACCGAGCUGACAAACUGGUGACUGGACUUGCUGGGGAGAGGGUCCGCUGGGAAGAGAGAGCUGCUGGACUUGAAGAGAACAUGGGAUACCUCAUAGGAGACUGUUUGCUGGCAGCAUCUUUCCUGUCCUAUAUGGGACCCUUCCUUUCCAACUAUAGAGAUGAGCUGCUCGCCAUCUGGAUGAAGGAGGUUCGGGACUUAGAGAUCCCAUGCGCACCCGGGUUUAGUUUUUCAGUUUUUCUGUCCAAGCCUACAACAGUGAGGGACUGGAACAUUCAGGGACUGCCUUCUGAUGCAUUCUCUACUGAGAAUGGGGUUAUUGUCACACGCGGCAACCGAUGGCCACUUAUGGUUGACCCUCAAGGCCAAGCUCUGAAGUGGAUCAAGAAUAUGGAGAUGAAAAGAGGUCUGAAAGUGAUAGACUUUCAAAUGCCAGACUACCUGCGGGUGCUGGAGAAUGCCAUUCAGUUUGGGUAUCCUGUUCUGCUACAGAAUGUCCAGGAAAACCUGGACCCAUCUCUCAAUGCAGUUCUCAACAAGUCCCUAACACGGAUAGGUGGCAGGCUGCUGUUAAAACUGGGUGAUAAGGAGGUGGAGUACAAUCCAGAGUUUCGUUUCUACAUCACAACUAAGCUGUCCAACCCUCACUACACACCAGAGAUUUCUACUAAGACAACCAUAGUAAACUUUGCUGUGAAGGAGCAGGGACUGGAAGCGCAGCUAUUGGGAAUUGUGGUGCGUAAAGAGCGUCCCGAGCUGGAGGAGCAGAAGGACUCAUUGGUGAUUAGCAUUGCCUCUGGCAAGAGAAGACUGCAGGAGCUGGAAGAUGAGAUCCUCAGGCUGCUGAAUGAGGCGACUGGCUCACUGCUGGACGACGUGCAGCUGGUGAACACCCUGCAGACAUCGAAAGUGACAGCCACCAAGGUUUCAGAGCAGCUGGAUAGCAGUGAACAGACUGAAAUCAAGAUUGACUUUGCGAGAGAGGCAUACCGUACAUGUGCUCAGCGAGCCUCCAUCCUCUUCUUCAUUCUAAAUGACAUGGGCCGCAUCGACCCCAUGUACCAGUUCUCACUGGACGCCUACAUCAACCUCUUUAACCUCAGCAUAGAAAAGAGCAGGCGCAGCCACAAGCUGGAGGAAAGGAUCACCAACCUGAAUGACUACCACACAUAUGCAGUGUACAGGUAUGCGUGCCGUGGUCUGUUUGAGGUCCAUAAGCUUCUCUUCAGCUUCCAGAUGUGUGCCAAAAUCCUGGAGGUGGCUGGCAAGCUCAUCAUGGAUGAGUACAGUUUCUUCCUACGAGGCGGACUAGUACUUGAUAAGAAGGAGCAGAUGGACAACCCCUGCACCAGUUGGCUGGCAGAUUCCUGCUGGGACAACAUCACAGAGCUGAACAAGUUGCCCAACUUCCAUGGUAUCAUGGAUUCCUUUGAACAGUACCCUCGAAACUGGAACCUUUGGUUCACCAGUGCUGAGCCAGAGAGCACCACAUUGCCAGCUGAUUGGGAGAAUAAUUGUAAUGACCUACAGAAGAUGUUGGUCGUGCGCUCUCUGCGCCAGGACCGGGUCUCCUUCUGUGUCACCUCCUUCAUUGUUAACAACCUUGGCUCUCGCUUUGUCGAGCCACCUGUUCUCGACAUGAAAGCUGUUGUGGAGGAAUCCAGUUGUAGGUCUCCUCUGAUCUUUGUUCUGUCUCCUGGAGUGGACCCCACAGGAGCUCUGCUGCAUCUGGCUGAAGCUUGUGGUAUGAGCAAGCACUUCAAUGCUCUGUCUCUGGGUCAGGGACAGGCCCCCAUCGCCAAGAGCAUGAUUGAAGAGGGCGUCAAAUAUGGUCACUGGGUAUUCCUUGCCAACUGCCACCUUUCUCUGUCAUGGAUGCCUGAACUGGACAAGCUGGUGGAGCAGCUACAAGUGGAGGAGCCCCACUCAGACUUCAGGCUGUGGCUCAGCUCUUCACCACACCCCGAAUUUCCAAUAACCAUCCUGCAGGCGGGCAUCAAAAUGACUACUGAGCCACCUAAGGGUGUAAAAGCUAACAUGAAGCGUCUGUACCAGCUGGUGACGGAGACUCAGUUCAACCGCUGCUCGAGACCCAUCUUCUACCGGAAGCUUCUCUUCUCCCUCUGCUUUUUUCACAGCAUCCUGCUGGAAAGGAAGAAGUUCCUGCAGCUGGGCUGGAACAUUGUUUAUGGCUUCAAUGAUUCUGACUUUGAGGUGAGUGAGAAUCUGCUGAGUCUGUACCUGGAUGAGUAUGAAGAGAUUCCCUGGGACGCACUCAAGUACCUCAUCGCCGGGGUCAACUAUGGAGGUCAUGUGACAGAUGAGUGGGACAGACGUGUCCUGACCACGUACAUCAAUGACUACUUCUGUGAUGCUGCUGUCACUCAGCCGUUCUUCAAGUUGUCCUCCUUAACCCCCUACUACAUCCCCCUUGAUGGACCCCAGUCCUCAUUCAAGGAAUUUAUCAGCAUGCUGCCAUCCACAGAGCACCCUGAGGUGUUUGGUCAGCACCCUAAUGCUGAUAUUGCUAGUCAGAUUGCUGAAACGAGGACACUGUUCGACACCCUGCUCUCCCUGCAGCCCCAGGUCACCAGCCCCAGUACUGCAGGAGCUAGACCCAACAGAGAGGAGAAGGUAUUAGAACUGUUGGCUGAGGUUCGUGGCAAGAUUCCAGCUAUGAUUGAUUACAAGGCAACAGAGACCCUCCUCCAGCACAACCCUUCACCUCUGAACGUAGUUCUGCUACAAGAGAUCCAGAGAUACAACUCUCUACUUGACACCAUUAUUUUGUCCCUGAUGGAGCUGGAGAAGGGAAUCAAAGGCUUAGUGGUGAUGUCACCCAGCUUGGAGGAGACCUUCCACUGCAUCUAUGAUGCCCGUGUACCACCACUGUGGGAGAAGGCAUACCCGUCACUGAAGCCCCUGGCAGCGUGGACCAGGGAUCUUUGCCAGCGAGUCGAUCAGUUUGCACACUGGGCAGAGACGGCUCAGCCCCCAAACUUGUUCUGGCUCUCUGGCUUCACCUUUCCCAAUGGUUUUCUGACGGCGGUGCUGCAGUCUUACGCUCGACAGCAUAACACGUCAGUGGACAUGCUGUCCUGGGAGUUUAUAGUAUCCACUGUAGAUGACAGCAACCUCCUUUACCCGCCCAAGGAUGGAGUAUUUGUCCGUGGUUUGUAUCUGGAGGGAGCUGGUUGGGACAAGAAGAACUCAAGUCUGGUGGAAGCUGAACCCAUGCAGAUGUUCUGUCCCAUUCCCACCAUCCACUUUAAACCUGCAGAGAACCGCAAGAAGAUUGGAAAGGUUACGUACCUGUGUCCGUGUUACUACUUCCCAGUGCGCUCUGGCGGAGCUGGACGAGCGUCUUUUGUGAUUGGUGUAGAGCUCAAAUCUGGAGCUGUGACGCCGGACCACUGGAUCAAGAGAGGGACAGCACUUCUCAUGAGCCUGGACAACUAAAGACCUUAAAGGUCCAGUUUGUAAGAAUUUGUGAUAUCAAAUGAUAGAACUGUAGAGUUAAACAAAAGGAGGGACUCCUCCACUCACCCUUCCCUUUUCAAAGCACAUCAGGAAACUUAGAUAUACAUUUGACAUAGUUUUUCUUCAUUUUCACAGUAACGUCCACUUCGAAAUGCAAAACGUACACAGUGGGUGGUUUAUUUUUUUAGGCUGCUGUAGAAACAUGGCGAAGAUGAUGAAAGAUGAUGGCCUCUAAAAAGCAAGUUCAUCCCUUUAAGCGCAUACAAAACAAAAUGUAUUCUUAAGUGAUUCUAAACUUAUACAAACAUAUUUAUGGGUAGUUUAUUACAUUUCUGCCAAUAAAUCCUAUUUAAUUUUGUACACUGGACCUUUCACAUGCACUCUCUCACAUUGUCUCUGACACUCUGUUUAUUAUUUAUUGUUUUAGCUGUUUUUUGUUUUUUUUUUUUAAA